AUGUCCCACUUGUUGUCCACGUUAACGUUCCCCAAUCGAUCUUUUACCCCUUCACUUGACACCCUUAGCGCGUCACUCAUGCUGCCAUUCGAACCAUCCGCCAUCCUUAAAGCUGCCGAUCUUCGCUCACUACACUUUGGCACCUUGGCCUUCUCAUCGACCUGUGACCCACGCGCCUUGUGGAUUGAAGCGAACAACAACCAACUGAGUCGAGCGCAAGGAAGCAUGGAACCCUUUCAAUCCGAUGGAUGCGCAAUCGCAGAGCACGGCUCGCUCUCGCUCCAAGUUCUGACACAUCUGCUAGUUCGUUUUUCCCUGCGCCCUUGCUCCCGGAACUCUAGUCGUCGCGUGACUUCACCAUCCUUGGACCACCAAUGCCUCGUUGGUAGCCACUCCAAACCUUUUGCGACGUCAACCCUACCGGAUCCUGAAGCUGUUCCAUCGACAGAGGGGAGUGGGCAACAAAGCGGAGGAAAAUUGAGUACGGGAACCCAUGCACACCCUUUCUAUCCACAAUGGACGCACAGUGGGGAAGAACGACCCGCCUUCCUUUCUGCUCCAACAUGUUUCUAUCACCUCGUCUCGACGUAUGCUCUCGCCCCGGGUCGUUUCCCUCGAAGCUCUCAGCCUUUUGGUCAAUCCACUUCGGAGUACCCCGUCGCCAGGCUUCUUUCUCUCUCAUCGAUCAGCGUUAUACUCUAUUCCUGGGCCAUACUUCCAACAAAAGUGGCGAACACAUCACUUCCGUCAUACGGAUACAAGCAAUAUUCGUUCACGCAGCAGUAUGUCCCAUUUAUUUCGAGAGAGUGGGAGAGUGGGAGAGGGACACUUUGGCGGGACGCCCUCGUGGCGUCGGUAUGGACGUGUUCCCACAGGCGCUUGCGCCUGUUGUCCAUGCCCCUUUCCUGUCAGGGUGGAACUUUGCUGCCGGCCAGUUGGCUCGCAUGGUGUCCACCCAACAGGUUUGGCCGAACAUCUUAUGUCGCCCCCAUUGUUGGGCAAGGAGCAAAUUUAAUGCCCAGCUCUCCCAUAUGGUGCGCUAGAGAUAUGUUGACUCUCUACGUUACUUUGGUCUAUCUUCAAUGCGCUGAAACUUCGAAGCUACUAUGGGCCGAGCCGCUGCGCGGGGCAUGCAUGCAAGCAACGCCGCGUCAGGCGAGCUACCCCCCUCCCCACCGCCACUUCGAAGGUAGUGGCUUCGUUUCUGAAUGUCAAGUGUUCAAACUUGACACCCGUUCGGCGCCUGUGGUCUGGCUCAUCCUCUAUCACGUUAAUCAUUGGGCCUAGUUCGCGUGGUGGUCCGACAUUUCGGGAUCUGUAUUACGCAAUUAAAUCUGCUAUCGUCGGUGCCCACUCCGUCAGCAUAAUAUGAUCCCCCACACGCAUCAGACAUCAGGUCAUCCGGCGUACUGAUGAUCAUAACCGGGUCGGAGAACAUUUGUGUUUGUGUACGGGGGUUUGAUCACCUCAAGUCCAACUCUUCAAUUGUGAAGACCGAGAUCACAAAGCUAGGGGUGGCUCUCGGGUUUGCGAGCGUCACGAAGGGUUUAACGCUCCCAUGCAUAUGUGGCACGUCUGGCUUCUUCAUCCUCGAAGUUCAGGGGCGGAAAUUAUGAUCAGAGUGAAGAGAAAUGAUUGAACGGCAACGAGAGUGGCCGAAAGAAGCAAACGACCAUGUAAAGCGUGUGAACAUAAGCGAUUUGUGUACAUCUGCCUCUCUUCCGAGAUUCCCGCCUAACGAUAAUAUUUAUGUAGUUCUUGUGCAUGGGUCACGA